AUGAAUACCGACAUUGAAGAAAUGACCUGCACGUCUGUAGACCUCGAUGGCUUCGGCUCUACUGCAGAUGACGCUUGGUUCAACCAACACACGGCACCCAUGGACGGCGAGGAAGAGACAGGAGCGCAUCCCCAUCAAGCUGCAGCUCUGAAAGCUUAUCUGAAAGGCGAAUCCAAGCCAUCCGAGACAGCUGUUGCCAUGACCAGACCUCAUGACUCUUUGCGCCCUGCUGAGGAGCGCCCCAGCCUGUUUCAUAUCAGCGGCGCCCAGGUUGGGCACAAGUAUGCAUUCCCUGAUCCGAAUGACAUGGAUAGGCUUCGUCGUUUGCUGGAGAAGACCGACCUACGGGACCGCGUACUGGGCAUAAUCGAAGACGCGCUUUUUGAGCUACCUGAAAGCCACACGCCCGCUCUAGUCGAACUACUAAAAGAACUCAGUCAGCUGCCAGAUGAAGAGCAUGGCGAGCCAGUAUGGCGAAAUCUUGUCAGCUUCGGCCACUCAUGGUCAGAUAAAUGGAAGCAGAGUCACUGGCGGGAAGCUUUGGCGACGCGGGAUCCAGCCACGAGAGCAAAGAGACGCAAGGCCCAUGUACACCUGGCCUUUGUGGAGGCGUCUUGUGCAAUGGCUGCCCCGGGACCGAAUGCUGAAGAUGGUCUCUUGCCACUGAGCUGGGGCUAUGAGUGCAUUUCUGAGGCGCUUGAAUGCCAGGAUGCAAUGUGGGACUUUGAAGUGCCUGCUGCAGUCGUGUGGAUCAAGAUUGCCGGAGAAAGACUCAGAGAGGGCGCAAGGAAAGGCGAGAAGUGCUGGGCGUUGGAGAGAAAGGGGAGGCUUUGGGCAGCAGGGCCGAUGAGCAUGGAUCGGUGGAACUUCUGGCUGAAAAGACUCGAGCAGAUUGAGGAGAUCGGCAAUGUUAUCUCGUCAGGUGCAAAUGAAGGCCUUCAAAAUACUCAAGCCCAAGGUCAAGAUUAG